AUGUCUACCAGCUGCCAACCUCGAACUGCCGGUCAUGCUCAAGAAGCGCUGCAAAGGCGCAACAACAAUGCCCCAAAGCGGAAACGUGCGCCGACUCCCGAGCAAUGGGAGCGCAUGCGGCCGUUGAUCGAGCAAUAUCUACUGGAAGAAGAGAAGCCACUGACAAGGGUUCUGGAGAUCUUGUCAAAGUAUCAUGGCUUUGACGCCGAGCCGCACUCGUACAAGUUGAGAUGCAAACAAUGGAAGCUCGGGGACAACUUCACGGGUGCAGAGCUCGAAGAGGCAGCCAAAGAAGCCAAGCGAUUGUCGGAUCUGGGACAAGAGCCUGCUGAAGAUUUCGAAGUCCAUGGCCGAAUCAUACCCUGGGACCGUGUCAGGCGGCGAUUCAGGAGAGACCAGAGGCAAGCCUGGCAGAGAUAUGACUGUCCUUUCCUGCGGCAGCCGUUGAGCUCUUCCAACCAUUCAAUCCGAUGGGUGUCUUUGAGGAGUGGACUCCUCGAGGACGACGUCGAGUAUAUCUUGGUCCAGAUCAACAGUUACUAUCCCAAAUGCCUUGUGACGGAGCCCAGGUCACAGACAGAGGAACUCCGUCCAGUCCGGGCAAGAGCUUCGUGUGUCUAUGAGAUGAGCCAUGUUCUGUCAGAGGGAUUGGUUUUGCUGGACGGCGGACGACCCGAGGUGGGCUGGCCCAUGAUCAACGAGGCGUGUAACCAAGUCAAGGAUGCGCUCUGUAAAGAAGAAGUCGACCUGCUCCCGACACUGAUCAAUAUCCUAUGCGGCAGACGACUGCACGGUUACAGGGAACUGUACAGCAAUCUCUUGGGCUUCUACCGCGCGAUGUCUCACAAGAUUCUGGGUGUAAAGCAUCCGGUGACGGCCAUCUUGGACAAGUGGACAAGUGCGGACCAGCCAUGGACAGCGUCGGAGCUCAUGUACCGUGCACUCCUCAAUAUCGUCGACAAGAAGAACCCUACCAACCUCGAGCCUGGCGUAGUGUACAGCCUGGAAAGCGACUACAUCACCGAGGUCGGCAGCGACCGCGGCAGCGGCAGUGGUGGCGGUAAUGCCAGCAAUAGCAGAAGAAGAGAUGUCUCUGUGGCACAGGCCCUGGCCGAAGCCAAAUGGCGCGAACGCCGGGAGAGAUUGGGCGCCACCCACCCAUACACCGUGGCGAUGCUGCACAGGCGGUUCCUGAUCUAUCGACAGCUAGAACUCACCGACCAGGCCGAGCAAAUGGCGCGAGAGAUCCUGGAGCUAGGCGACCACGAUUACCAGACCAAAGGGAGGAGCUUCCACUACGUCUACGCCAUGCAUAUCGGCCGCGAAUACUACAGCGAUGGAAGAUACGCCGAGGCCGAGGCCUGUUUCGGCCGGGCUGCUCUUUGGGUGGCCACGAUCGUCACCAAGGCCGGGAGCUACCAUUUCCGGAUUGAGAAGGAGCUUGAAGGGCUGCGCAAAAUGAGGGAAAUGGGGCUGUUUGAUCCUCUUCCGCCAAGCUGGAAACUUGACGACGAGGACAGUGAAGCUGUUGGAGUUGCUGGAGAUCGGGCACCAGAGGGUUAUAGACUGCAGGCCAGCAGUGAACACAGCGACGGCAUCGACUCUAGACAACAAUCCCAACCUCAAUAUGAGGACGGAGAUGACGACGAAGCCAUGACUGACAUAUGA